AGUUCUCUGAUUAAUUUACUUCCUAUAAACAGAGUAACUUCGAGAGAGAGGGAGAGAUAUAUAUCUUUUUUGUGCCACCGCUUCACUCACAUACCAUUCCAUGUCGUGAAGUGCAUAUAGGAUUAGGUCCAUCCACGUAGCUAGCGAAAUAUCCAUGAUAUUUUUAGCACAAAAACAGAUAUUGUCCAAAUUUCUCUAUAAAAAGCAACGAAUCUUAUAUUCUUCCUCUACUUGCCCAAAAUAGUAAUAAUGGAUAGAGCUUUAACUGGUUUGAUCUGCUGCUUCGUCCUUACGGUGGUCAUCUUUACAGAGACUGCAGCUGCAGCAAUACAUACCGUAGGAGACCACAUAGGCUGGACCAUUCCACCAAAUGCUGCCUAUUACACCCAAACAUGGAAUGAACAAAAAAACUUCAGCGUUGGCGACCAAUUAAUCUUUAAUUGGACUGGAGUAGAGAAAGUGGCUAAAGUGGCAACAGAAACUGAAUACGAACAAUGUCGAACAAGUUCAGCAACAGUAUUAAGCUCCACAAGAAGCCCAUUUGUGUAUACUCUGAACACCACUGGUGUCCAAUAUUUCAUUUCCUCUGAUGGAAGCCAUUGCCGAAAUGGGCAGAAGCUGAAGCUAAAAGUUGAUGAGGAGUACAAUCAUGUUGACAACAGAAGAACACCUCCAACUCCACCAACUCCACCUACACCUCCUACUCCUCCUACUCGUCCUGGACACCCAACUCCUCCUACUCCUCCAACUCCUCCCACUCCUCCAACCCCGCCUACUCCUCCGGCGCCUUGAUCGCGGCCGCUAUGUUCACCUCUUUCCCAAGUUUGUUUACAGCAGUAAUGUUUGUCCUACUAGUAUUUUAUUACUUCUUGAUGUUGUCGAUUAAACUACUGCAUAUCUCAUCGUAGCUUGUGUUUGUUUUCUCCGCUGAUUAUUUUCUCUGCUUGUGUUUCAUCACCGUAUGUACCUGUGUUUGAAGGCUUAUUGUGAUAUGUACUAAUAAAACCAUUUCCCAAAAAUUGUGCUGUAUUUGAAAAAAAAAAGGCUUAUUAGAUUUUUACCGCCCAAACUUUAACAUGUACCAAAUUAUGUUCAUUGAAUUUUCUAACCGUUAAAAAUUCCUGCUGAAGUAUUGAGAUUGUUAUAUUUAAGGACUUUUGUUU